GUGGGCGCGAAGCGGUCAGCACAGCCAUAGAGGAGAAUCAGGUCGCUCUUCACAGGUGAAAAGGACUGUAUUCGCAUGACGAAAGAGGGCUGAUUGCACUGUCUCUGAUUCCCAGAGAGCACCUGGCUGGCGCGUGAAGCGUUGGUCGCCUGUUGCAUAUGGCAUGUGCAUGGAUGGUCACUGGCUUGGGCGUUGGUACGGACGGUGGUUAGGUAAGGCUGGAAGUGAUUCGCCCCGCUCUGCUGCCUGCCCUUAAACUCCCACACCGCCCGCACCCUCAGCGUCCUACAUCUCCACCCGCACAACUGACAAAACUCCCGCCUGCUCACUCUACACACUCACAUACACUACCCAACACCCUUAUACACACCCAAGAUGCGUUCUAAGUUCAAGGACGAGCACCCGUUCGAGAAGCGCAAGGCCGAGGCGGAGCGCAUUCGCCAGAAGUACAACGACCGCAUUCCCGUUAUCUGCGAGAAGGUCGAGAAGUCGGACAUCGCAACCAUCGACAAGAAGAAGUACCUGGUACCCGCCGACCUGACCGUCGGACAGUUCGUCUACGUGAUCCGCAAGCGCAUCAAGCUGUCGCCUGAGAAGGCCAUCUUCAUCUUCGUUGAUGAGGUCCUGCCGCCUACCGCCGCUCUCAUGAGCUCGAUAUAUGAGGAGCACAAGGAUGAGGAUGGCUUCCUGUACAUUACGUACGUAAUCCAUUAGCCGCGCAACGCGAGGCAGCUGCUAACAAUCUCAUAGGUACUCGGGCGAGAACACAUUCG